UAUAAUUCAUCAUUUCUACAAUUAAUAAACAAAACAUAUAUCUAACAAAUCAUGUCACAGAUAAUUGUUAUAGCAUUGGCCAUAGUGUCAAUAGCGGUCACAACAUGUCGAGCACUGCCAGAUAUCCACAAACAAAUGUCACCGCAACAGCUGCAAUCGAUAUUCCAUGUCGAUUCUCAUGAUGCAGUGCCACAAUAUGAAGUUGUACAACUACUCCAUCAGCACAGUGAAGAGCCAUCAUCUGCCUCGACGUAUAGUAAUUAUCGUCGUCGAAAACGUAGCAUUGAUGAGCUGACACCCAACUCGGCCACAGAUGACGAUUUGCAUCACGUGAAAAAAGAUCUCAGUAAGACACCAUAUUUUAGUGAAGGAGGAAAAUCAUCACCGAAAAAGGCCAAUAGCCUAACGGACAACCAAAAACGUAAACAUGUUAAGGAUAUUCACGAACAUAAAGUACAACUGGCGGCCUUUGGUCAAAAAUUGAAUUUAACGUUAAAGAAAACGCAAGGCCUCUAUAAGAAAGGUGAAUUGCACAAACUGCCAAUGUGGUUUAUGAACGAGGAUGCCAAUGCAACACAUGGUGUAAAUUUGGAGAAAAUUGAAGAUGAGCAUUCACAUUCCAGCGAUAAUAUUGGCGAGGUCUAUCAAGAUGAAGAAAAUAUGGCUGCUAUUUUAAUGAGACGUCAUGAGAUUACGGGCGAUUUGGUAAUGGAGGGUAGCAUUGGCCAUGAUAUGGUAAUAAAACCAUUGCCUCAUGAAUUAAAUCCACAACCGGAAGCAUCACAUCAUCAUGUUGUAUAUAAACGCAGUGUCGAUCAAAUGGAACAUUUAAGUGAUUUUGCCUAUAUGGAACCCGAUGAUAUGGCAACCCAUGAAAAAUUGGAAAAACUGCAGGAGAGACAAAAACGUUCCGCACAUUUUAAUACCCUAGCCGAUAUUGAAGAAGAACAAGAAGAGCUGGAAGCAGAAGACGGUGUCAACUUUGAUGAACACUCCACACACAAGAGGGCCAAACGACAUGCACCCUAUAUGAUCUAUCCUGAAGUAUUAGUUAUUGUUGACUACGAUGGUUAUCGUCUGCAUGGCGGUGAUAAUUUACAGGUGAAACGUUAUUUCAUUGCCUUCUGGAAUGGUGUUGAUUUGAGAUAUCGUCUGCUGAAAGAACCAAAAAUACGUGUCAGCAUUGCGGGUAUUAUUAUUUCAAGGGGCCGUGAUGCCACACCAUAUUUGGAAAGAAAUCGUGUUGGACGUGAUGCAAUCGAUUCGGCGGCAGCCUUAACGGAUAUGGGUAAAUAUUUAUUCCGUGAAAGACGUUUGCCGGUUUAUGAUAUUGCUGUGGCCAUAACCAAACUUGAUAUGUGCAGACGUGAAGCUGGUGCUCGUGAUUGUAAUCGUGGUACAGCAGGUUUCGCCUAUGUUGGAGGUGCCUGUGUGGUCAAUAGACGCCUGGAAAAAGUCAACAGUGUUGCUAUCAUUGAAGAUACCGGUGGUUUCAGUGGCAUCAUUGUUGCCGCUCAUGAAGUGGGCCAUUUACUUGGUGCUGUUCAUGAUGGUUCACCACCACCCAGCUAUUUGGGAGGACCUGGCGCCCAACGUUGUCGAUGGGAAGAUGGCUUCAUUAUGUCCGAUUUGCGACACACCGAAAGAGGCUUCCGUUGGUCGGCAUGUUCGGUGCAGAGUUUUCAACAUUUCUUGAAUGGUGCCACUGCCACCUGCCUUUACAAUGUUCCCCACGAGGAUAAUGCCUUGGGUCGUUCACUGCCAGGCACCCUGCUCUCGCUGGAUGCCCAAUGUCGAAGAGAUCGUGGCACUUAUGCCUGUUUUAAGGAUGAACGUGUCUGUGCCCAGCUGUUCUGUUUCGACGCCCAAACUGGUUAUUGUGUAGCCUAUAGACCGGCUGCCGAGGGUUCAACGUGUGGUAAUAAUAUGCAUUGUUUGGAUGGCCGUUGCACUUCGCUGCCAGUGGCCUCAAAUCUCAUAACAAAUUAUGGAGGUCAAAGAGGAUAUAAUGAUGAAGGAGAACCAGAAGAUUUACAAGAAAUAGAAAGAAAAAAUCAUCAUCAAGAGAAUGAGGAGGAAGAUGAGGGGGAGGAGGAGCAAAGUGAAGAAAUUUCCAGCGAUCUGGAAAAUCUCUCUUCUUCUCCACAGACUCCACGAGCUUUUGGAGAAAAUGAUGAUGAAGAGUAUUUAACAGAUGAUGAAGAGAAACCUCUGCAAAAAAUUAAUGUUGAUGAACAUAAUUAUAUUGACAAGCCAAAUGAUAAUCGUUAUGAAGAGACAAUGUUAAAGAGCAAAGAUCGGGAGCAUACAAAUAAAGAGCGUACAUCAACCACACCGAUCUUCAAUUUAAAUACCUAUCAAUAUUUAUCACAAUUAAACAAACCAACAACAACCCCUACCACCACCACGACCAAAAAACCAAUAACAGUAUUACAACAACAAAAACACGAUGAUGAUUAUGAUGAUUUUAAAUCCUUGAUACGUAGUAGUAGUAUAAGCCUCAAAGGAAUUAGUGAUACUAGGCGGAAUAAUGUGCCAAUAACACACCAACAACAAAAACAUUACACUUCUGACAUCAUUACAACAACAACAACACCACGUAAUAUACGUACAACACCACACAUGAACACUAGAAUCACCACGACCACAACAACACCCCGAACAACACCACCACCUACCUCAAAUUUUAUCAAAACUUUACGCAAACAAUUUCAAUACUAUGUGAAGCUUUUACAAACCAACAAUCACAACAACAAUAAUAGUAAUAGACGUAGUAGCAUUAGUAGUAGAUCUACAACAAAACCUAAAACUACAACAACAACAACAAAAACAUCAAUACCUUUGAAUUCAAUCAAUUACAAUAGCCAUACAAUUUUGCCUACUUCUAAAAUUUAUAGUAACAACAGUGAUGAUGAUGAUGACGACAAUGAGGAUGAUGAUGAGGAUUCUGAUAGUGGUCGUGAUAAUGAUGAAAGUAAUGAGACAAUUGAAAAACAAAAACGUAAGUUAAAUAUACCCAUUAGCACCACCAUGCAACAACAACAACAAUUGCAAGCAUCACCCCCCACCCCAAGCACUUACUAUAAAACACCAACAUCGGCCUCCGGUAUAGAUACGCCGCUAUCACAAUCUCAUGCCGCAGCAGCACCACAUUUUGGUAUACGUUCGGUGGUGUCAAAUCCCCCCAGCUUACUUGAGACCUAUAUUAAAAAACUACAGGCCUUAACUGACAACAACAACGAUGAUGAUGUUGAUGUGGACGAAAUAACAGAAGCCACCUUGACCAGGACCACCACACAUGAUGUGCAAACCAAGACAUUGGAUAAAACCGAAAGAAGUAUUUAUACCACGGCAGCCGGAGGAGCAGAUUUUUUAAAACGUACUAAGACGACCACAACUUCCUCACGGGGCAAUGGUUAUAAAUUCAUUUCACAACAACAUCAAUCAUUGAAAAUUAUACCCGAAACAGAGAGGCAAACAUCGUCAUCACCAGCCUCAGCUGGCUCGCUAAGAGAUAUGGACUGGACGUAUUUGGGUAAAAGGGCCGUACAAAACAUUUUGCCAUAG